AUGACCUGUGAGCUUCUGUAUGGGGGCAAGGUGCGGGAUGGGGGCAAGGUGCGGGAUGGGGGCAAGGUGCGGGAUGGGGGCAAGGUGCGGGAUGGGGGCAAGGUGCGGGAUGGGGGCAAGAUGAUUUGGGGGUUGGAGCUGGAGAGGGACGAGAACGGCGACUGGUCUUUCUUGCAACCGCCACCCCUCUCUCUCUCUUUCCCCCCCUCUCCCUUUUUCCCGGCCGUGCCUCUGUGGGUUGCUGGUGGCACCACGGCAGGGGUGGAAGAAAAGGUGACAUUUCACCACUGCUCCCUCACACCCAGCUUUCGCUCCCUUCUUAUCUCACUCACUCUCCUCCCCUCUUCUCUCACUCUGUACCCGUGCCCCCCCACCUCCCUCAACUUCCCCACCUCCCUCAACUUUCCCACCUCCCUCAACUUUCCCACCUCCCUCAGCUUUCCCACCUCCCUCAGCUUUCCCCCCUCCCUCAACUUUCCCCCCUUUCGCCAUGCACCGCUUUGCACUGAAUCCGUGCCCUCUUUGCCUGCUACUCCUGGGACGAGUGGGUGGGCACGUUGGGACGAGUGGGUGGGCACGGUGCGAUUACUCAAGGACACGGAGGAGAACCAGCGCCGCAAGCAGCAGCUGAAGCAGGAGGCUCAGGCGGGCGGCCGGAAGGACAAGGCGCCUGCUCGUGGCAAGGUCACCUCACCAGAUGUGCACGGGUCAGGAGGCAAGGGGCGCAAGAGAAAGGCUCCAGAUUUACUAGAGGAUGAGGACCUGGUGGUGCGGCAGAGGAAGGUCAGUCUUCAAUCACAAGCAGCUGCUGACUAUCCCCCACCCACAUGCCCGUUCCCUCCCACCUCAUCUCUCCCCUUUCCGCACCGCCACAUCCCCUUAUCCCGUGCCCUGCAGCUCGUGCCAUUGCCGUGCAGGCCAUCUGUGGCAGAGCUGCUAGCGGAUUUCAUCAGCUCCAAGCGCAGCAAACGGCGCGGCAAGGGCAUGGCAGAGGUGGUGAACGGCAUCCGGUGCUACUUUGACCGCUCGCUGCCGCUCAUGCUGCUGUACAAGGAGGAGCGCGAGCAGUUCCAAUGCGUCUUUGCCCGCCUCACUGCCGCUGCUUCUGCCUCCGCCUCUGGUGCUACUGCCGCAGCAGCAGGAGGAGGAGGUGGUGGAGGAGGGGGAGGAGGGGGAGGGGGGAGUGGAGGAGGAGGAGAGGGGACAGUGGGAGAGGGGGCGAGGGGAGGAGGAGGGGGUGGGGGAGUGUCGGAUGCUGCGGCUGCGCCGUCGACUGUACGGCCGUCGGAUAUAUACGGGGCGGAGCACCUGCUCAGGCUCUUCAGUAAGUCUUGCUGUUGCCUGUUGCUCUCAUGA